AUGAUCAAGGAAACAGAACGACACCGUCUUGUGUUGCUUUCAAUCAAACUCAACGUCUUGUUGGCGAGGCUGCUAAAAAAUCAGGCUACUGCUAAUCCAAUUAAUACUAUUUUUGAUGCAAAGAGGCUUAUUGGCAGAAGAUUCACUGAUGAAGUAGUGCAGAAUGACAUAAAACUCUGGCCUUUUAAGGUUAUUUCCGUGGCUGAAGACAGCAAGCCUGUUAUCGUAGUCACUUAUAAAGGCGAAGAAAAGCAGUUUGCUGCAGAGGAGAUCUCUUCAAUGAUCUUAAUGAAGAUGAAACAGACUGCAGAGACCUACCUUGCCUCGGAAGUGAAAAAUGUUGUUGUCACUGUCCCUGCUUAUUUCAAUGAUUCCCAACGUCAGGCAACAAAAGAUGCCGGUACCAUUGCUGGACUCAAUGUCAUGCGGAUUAUCAAUGAACCAACGGCUGCUGCCAUUGCCUAUGGUCUUGAUAAAAUCGGCAGUGAUAGGAAAGAGACGGCUAAGAACGUGUUAGUUUUUGAUCUUGGUGGUGGGACAUUUGAUGUAUCUUUGGUUAGAAUUGGUAAACAGGCUUGUGAAGUGAAAGCAGUUAACGGAGACACCCAUCUAGGUGGUCAGGAUUUUGACAGUAGAAUGGUUGAUUACUUUGUGGCUGAGUUUAAGAGGAAACAUAACAAGGACAUCAGUAAAGACCGCAGGGCUAUUGGGAGGUUGCGAUCUGCUUGUGAGAGAGCUAAAAGGAUGCUGUCAUCAGCUACCGAAACUAGUGUUGAUGUAGAUUGUUUGUAUGAGGGUAUUGAUUUGUAUUCAACCAUCUCCCGUGCCAAGUUCGAAAAGUUGAACUUGGAUUUGUUUAAAAAUUGUGUGAAUCCUGUUAAGGAAUGUUUGGAAGAUGCCAAAAUGAAAAAGGCUAAUGUUGAUGAUGUUGUUCUAGUUGGUGGGUCAACUAGGAUUCCAAAAGUUCAACAAAUGUUAAAAGAUUUCUUUAAUGGGAAGGAGCUCUGCCAAAGCAUUAACCCGGAUGAGGCUGUUGCAUAUGGUGCUACAAUUGAAGCUGCAAUCUUGAGCGGUGUACGUGACAAUAAAGAUUUUACACUAGUAGAUGUCAUUCCUUUGUCCCUUGGAGUUAGAAAUGAAAGUGGUGGUUGGAUGAGCAUUUUCAUCCCAAAAAUUCUACCAUUCCAGCAACAAGGUCAAAAAUAA